CGUAGCAACUUUUGUAUCAUGCGACACAGUCGGUCUGUGAGGACCGCGAGGAGGGCGUUAGGCAGAGUUUGAAGAUAUGUCUGACAUCUUUUGAAAGAUAUUCACUUUUAAAGAAGUCGUAAAAUGGGUAAAAAGGAUAAAGGAGAUCGGGACAAGAGGUCCAAAAAGCGUGUGUAUGAGGAAGAAGAAGAUGAAGAAGAGGUUGCAGGCAGUGAGUCUCAGGAGGCCAUACCUGCUGCUGCAGGCAAGCAGGUGGACGAGUCCAGUACCAGGCUGGAUGAGUACGGAGCCAAAGACUACCGCGCUCAGAUGACGCUGAAGAACGAUCACUCUUCUCGCCCCCUCUGGGUGGCUCCGGAUGGACACAUCUUUCUGGAAGCCUUCUCACCAGUGUACAAGUAUGCUCAGGAUUUCUUGGUGGCCAUCGCAGAGCCAGUGUGCAGGCCUAACCAUGUCCACGAGUACAAGCUGACGGCCUACUCCCUGUACGCAGCUGUCAGCGUGGGGCUGCAGACCUCUGAUAUUGUGGAGUACCUGCAGAAACUCAGCAAGACGUCCGUACCUGACGGAAUCGUGCAGUUCAUUAAGCUCUGCACAGUGAGCUAUGGCAAAGUCAAGCUGGUGCUGAAGCACAAUAGGUAUUUUGUUGAGAGUGCCUUCCCUGAAGUGAUCCAGCGCCUCCUGCAGGACAAUGUGAUCCGGGAAUGUCGCCUCCGCACCGCAGACGGAGCGGAUACAGAGCUUAUUACUGAAGUCAUCCACAGCAAGUCUGCAAUCUCCAAGUCUGUUCAGGAUAAAGGAAGUACUUCCACCUCAGAGCAGCCUGCUGAUGGACAGACUGCAACCCAGCAGGUCCCCGAGGACAUCUACAGCUACUACGAGCAGAUGGAUAAAGAAGAGGAGGAGGAGGAAGAGACUCAGACUGUGUCCUUUGAGAUUCGCCAGGAGAUGAUUGAGGAGUUGCAGAAGCGAUGUAUUCAGCUGGAGUACCCCCUCCUGGCAGAGUACGACUUUCGCAAUGACACGGUCAACCCAGACAUCAACAUCGACCUCAAGCCCACCGCUGUGCUGCGGCCCUACCAGGAAAAGAGCCUGCGCAAGGUGUUUGGAAAUGGACGUGCUCGCUCUGGGGUCAUCGUGCUGCCCUGCGGAGCUGGAAAGUCUCUGGUGGGUGUGACAGCAGCGUGCACGGUUCGUAAGCGCUGCCUGGUGUUAGGUAACUCCUCGGUGUCAGUGGAGCAGUGGAAGGCUCAGUUCAAGAUGUGGUCCACGAUCGAUGACUCUCAGAUCUGUCGCUUCACCUCGGACGCCAAAGACAAGCCCAUCGGCUGCUCGGUGGCCAUCAGCACCUACUCCAUGCUGGGUCACACCACCAAACGCUCCUGGGAGGCAGAGAGGGUCAUGGAGUGGAUGAGGAGCCAGGAGUGGGGACUCAUUAUCCUGGAUGAGGUGCACACUAUCCCUGCCAGGAUGUUUCGCCGUGUACUGACCAUUGUCCAAGCACACUGCAAACUGGGGCUCACUGCCACACUGGUCAGAGAAGAUGACAAGAUUGUGGACCUCAACUUCCUCAUUGGACCAAAGUUAUUCGAGGCCAACUGGAUGGAGCUGCAAAACAACGGCUACAUUGCCAAAGUGCAGUGUGCAGAGGUGUGGUGCCCGAUGUCUCCAGAGUUUUACAGAGAGUAUGUGGCCAUAAAGACAAAGAAGCGCAUCCUUUUUUACACGAUGAACCCCAACAAGUUUCGUGCUUGCCAGUUUCUCAUUCGCUUCCACGAGCGGCGCAAUGACAAGAUUAUUGUCUUUGCUGACAAUGUGUUUGCCUUGAAGGAAUACGCCAUUCGCCUCAACAAGCCUUAUAUCUAUGGGCCAACCUCACAAGGUGAACGCAUGCAGAUCUUACAGAACUUCAAACACAACCCCAAGAUCAACACCAUUUUCAUCUCCAAGGUUGGAGACACCUCAUUUGACUUGCCAGAAGCAAACGUUCUGAUCCAGAUCUCCUCCCACGGUGGAUCACGCAGACAGGAGGCCCAGAGGCUUGGCAGAGUCUUACGAGCCAAGAAAGGAAUGGUAGCAGAGGAGUACAAUGCAUACUUCUAUUCACUGGUGUCCCAGGACACCCAGGAGAUGGCUUAUUCCACCAAGAGGCAGAGGUUCCUGGUGGACCAGGGCUACAGCUUUAAGGUGAUCACAAAGCUAGCGGGAAUGGAGGAAGAGGACUUAAUGUUCUCCUCCAGAGAUGACCAACAGCAGCUGCUUCAGAAGGUCCUUGCUGCUUCAGACCUGGAUGCUGAGGAGGAAAUUGUGGCCGGGGAGUUGGGGGCACGACCACAGUUCUCAAGGCGAACAGGCACCAUGAGCUCCAUGUCAGGUGCAGACGACACUGUUUACAUGGAGUAUCAAAGUCGAGGAAGCAAAUCAGCUUUAGGCAAAGGCAUUCAUCCUCUGUUCAAGCGCUUCAGAAAGUAAAUGCACUAUCGUAAAAGACAGCAAAUAACAGACUUGCUCAGAAGUUGGUGCACAAUGACGUACAUCAGACGACCAGCAGCAGGUACAGAAGUGUCCUGGAGAACAGAGCAGUGACUUGUGAUAACCCUGAAAGAGAUGAUCUGAAGCUAACGAUUACACACUGUACCUGCUUCUUGAAAACUGGUAAUAAAGGUGUUGUUUUGAGAUUACAGCAAGGGAUGUCUGCAGGACUGAGCCGCUCUAUUUGAUGAUUUUGAAGCUAUCACAUGCAGCUUUCUCAAGCACUUACUGUACAUGCACAGAUUUUUGAUUAACUGCUUUGCAAACUCCAUCCUAAGUGUCAGCCACUGUUUACCACUAUUUGAAAAAAAUAAGAAUGAGAAAUUGGGCUGUGCCACGUUACAUUGGUGAAGCUGAGCAAUCAUGGCCUGUUCUGAAAAAUAGUUAGGCACUGUUUACGAAAAUAAAUCUAGUUUCCAUAAUGUUUGAAAGCAUUGGCUUGCUGUUUGCAGUGUAUUUCAGAGACUAAAGUCUGUUUGGUAUGAGAAUGGAUGCGUACCAGAAUAUUUAGACAGUGAUAUUAACCUUUUAAGAGGGUAAAGAUCAGCUCUAAAGCCUUUUUUAAAUGAAUGGAAGUCUUAUCUGCUGUUGACGGUCUCCUCACAGAUAACUGUAUCUGAUCAAGAAAAAAAAAUAUUUUCUAGGUUGUGACCUUACCAAUGUUUAUUAAUGUGGUUAAACACACAUCUGCAGAUGUUGGUCUGUUCCUGAAAGCUUAAUUGAUUUUUUUCACUUAAGAGAUAUGUUUUUUUCUAGAAUUUACUGAAACUUAAUAUGUUUUGUACAAGAAAUGUCUGAUUCUUUAAAAACCGAAGAAUGAAAACAA